AUUAGAUUUAAAUGGAAACAUCAGUCUGAAAUUUAACCAAAGCAGUGGUGAGGAAGGGAAUUAAGUUAAAAUUAUUCUUUCAAAAUUCAGCUGCCACAUCUCAGGAACAUCAGAAACUACUUCCUUGUUACUCUGGAAGAUCCACAUCCACAGAAUAUUUUAUAUAAAUACAAGUUCUGAAAAAUAUUUUGGCUGAAUUAUCAUUUUUUUGUUAUUUUUUUUUUGUAUUUUUACCCUCAAACAAACACCUGAGGCACCAUUUGAAGGGUUUAUUAUCUUCAGCCAUGACAUUUGGUGAAAUGACUAGUUUCUGCCAUAUCAAAAUGACUGAAUUCCUCCAGCAGAAGACACAGUUUUCAUUAUUGGCCCUUAAAAAUAGGGGAAAAAACGAAAACGAAAAAAAAAAGUUCCUAUAAAUGUGUAUUUAUGGAUGUAUCCAUAUUUACGACUAAAAAUACAGUCUUUGUUGGACAUUUCACCAACUUCUGAGGCCUCGAACAUCUGUAGAAUUUGAUGUGUGGCAAAUAAGACAAGGUGUCAAUUUUUUGCUAUGUUGAGUUGAGACUGGUCCUAAAUGACUAAAAAUUGUCCAAAAUGACUUGAAAUGUGCUCAAACUGACUCAAAAUUGUCUAAAAUAACUUGGAACUUGUUCCAAAUGACCGAAGUGAGUCAAAAUUUGUCCAAAAUGACAAAACAUGAACAAAAUGAGUCAUGAUUUCUCCAAAAAUAAUGCAAAACAUCACCAAAAGGAGUCAAAAUUUGUCCAAAAUGACAACAUGAAAAAAAAUAAACUGCACUGGCAGAUGUUUAAAUAAUAGUUUAAGUGUAAUAAUUUAAUGCAUAUGAACUAUAUGAUUUGUCCAAAAUAGCACAAGUUCACCAAAAUAAGUCCGAAUUUGCCCCAAAUGACAAAAAUCAUGAACAAAAUGACACAAAAACUGAACAAAAUGAGUCCAAAUUUGUCCAAAAUUGUGCAAAACAUGAACAGGAGUCAAAAUUUGUCCAAAAUGACAUCAAUAUGAACAAAAUUAGUCCAAAUUUAUCCAAAAUUAUACAAAAAAAUGAACAAAAGGAGUCCAAAUGUGUCCAAAAUGACAAAAAUCAUGAACAAAAUGAGUCCAAAAUGGCAUAAACAUGAACAAAAUGAGACCAAUUUUGUCUAAAAUUGCACAACAAAUGAACAAAGUGAGUCACGAUUUGUCCAAAAUAACGCAAAACAUGAACAAAAUAGGAAAACAAACUGCACUGGCAGAUGUUAAAAUAACAGUUUAAGUGUCAUAAUUGAAUAUAGCUGAACUGUAAGUGACAAAAACGCCAGCUGGGCGAAAGCAGUUGAAGCGUCAGAUAAAGUUUUUGCACUUGCGGAGUUCACUCAUCGAUUCUAUCUGCGCUCCUUUAGUUCGCUCUGCCCCCCAUCCAGGCUGUGUAGUCGAACACGGUUUCUGUUGACGUGGUAACGGCGGCUGUUAUCAGUGCGGCUGGAAAUAUCCGGAUAUCGAUGAGUAAAAGUGAAUAAAACUGCGCAUUUCAAAGCGAGCAGCCAUGCUGGACUUUGCCAUCUUUGCUGUAACGUUUGUCAUCAUUCUGGUCGGCGCUGUUCUCUAUUUGUACCCGUCAUCCAGGAGGGCCUCUGGCAUCCCAGGUCUCAACCCCACAGAUGAAAAGGAUGGAAACCUGCAGGACAUCGUGAACAGAGGCAGCCUGCAUGAGUUCCUGGUCAGUCUGCAUCAGGAGUUUGGUUCUGUGGCGUCGUUCUGGUUCGGCGGUCGGCCGGUGGUCAGUCUGGGCGCCGUGAAGCAGCUUCAGCAACACAUCAACCCAAACCACAGCACGGACUCCUUUGAGACGAUGCUGAAGUCGUUGCUAGGUUACCAGUCGGGGACGGGCGGCGCCGGGGAGUCGGUGAUCAGGAAGAAGCUCUAUGAGACCGCCAUCAGCAACACGCUGGAGAACAACUUCCCUCUGGUCCUGAAGCUGGUGGAGGAGCUGGUGGGGAAGUGGAGAUCUUUCCCGGAGGCCCAACACACCCCGCUGUGUGCCCACCUGCUGGGCCUCGCCAUGAAGACCGUCACCCAGCUGGCCCUGGGGGAACGCUUCGGAGACGACGCUCAGGUGAUUUCAUUCCGCAAGAACCACGACGCGAUCUGGUCAGAAAUCGGCAAAGGCUACCUGGACGGCUCCCUGGAGAAGAGCUCCAGCAGGAAAGGACAUUAUGAGAAAGCUCUGUCAGAGAUGGAGUCUGUUCUGCUGUCGGUGGCGAAGGAGAGGAAAUCUCAGAGGAAGCAGUCGGUGUUUGUGGACGCUUUGCUUCAGUCGAGCCUCACAGAGCGACAGAUCAUGGAGGACUGCAUGGUUUUCACGUUGGCUGGAUGUGUCAUCACUGCCAACUUGUGUAUCUGGGCUCUUCACUUCUUGUCCACCUCAGAGGAAGUCCAGGACAAGUUAUACCAGGAGCUGCAGGACGUUCUGGGUUCAGAUCCAGUUUCCGUAGACAAGAUUCCUCAGCUCAGAUACUGCCAACAGGUCCUGAAUGAGACGGUGAGAACCGCCAAACUGACCCCCAUCGCCGCUCGGCUUCAGGAAGUGGAGGGUAAAGUCGAUCAACACGUCAUCCCCAAACAGACUCUGGUGAUCUACGCUUUGGGAGUUGUUCUGCAAGAUGCCGACACCUGGGACGUCCCAUACAGGUUUGAUCCAGAUCGAUUUGAGGAGGAAUCAGCCAGGAAGAGCUUCUGUCUGCUCGGUUUCUCUGGGAAUCAAACGUGUCCAGAGCUCAGGUUCGCCUACACUGUCGCUACAGUCCUGCUCAGCUCGGUGGUUCGGCAGCUGAAGCUUCACCGGCUGAAGGGACAAGCGGCGGAGGUCCGGUCUGAGCUGGUUUCUACGCCCAAAGACGAAACCUGGAUCACCGUCAGCAGAAGAAGCAGCAGCUAGUCUCCAAAACUGUAACAUCUUCACUCAAAUAAUUCCCAGCAGAGUAUUAAAAAUGUAAGAAAGGCAUCAUUUCUCCAACAACAUGAUGGUAGUUUGGAAUUAAGCUCGUCAUUUGUAUCAUUUUAACGACAGUCAGCGUUCUUUUUGCACCACUGUCGUCUUUCUGGUGCUUCUUGCUGCUCAGCAUUCGGAGGCCUUAAGCACAUGUUUAAAUGUUCACAGUUCAAGUUUGCACUUUUUGAAAGACUGUCGUGUGUUCAAGACGGAAACUCGACGCUCUUCUGUGAUGUCGAGAAAAUCAACUUGUGCCGGUUGAAGUUUUCCAUAAUUUCCAGAACGACUGACUUUAACUAGAGUUUAGACGUGUUUGUCUAAUAAAAUGAGCCACGCUGUUAUUAAACUUCAUCCUUUAUAUUAAAAAUGUGUGAAGAUUUUGUGUCA